CAAAAGUUACCAAACUAAAAACGCCAAAGAGGGCAGCACUAAAAUCUGUCAAUUGUCAAACAUCUGUCAUUUGUACGUUGACCAAGCGUUUGUGAAAAAUCGUGUUCGUUAUCUUUCUGUGAAAAAAAAAUAGAAAAAUGCCGGCUUUGGAAGCCAAUAAUCCGAAUCCUGACGAUCCUGGACCUAUAAAUCCAGUGGUGGGUAUUAUUUAUCCACCACCCGAGGUGAGAAAUAUCGUCGAUAAAACAGCCAGUUUUGUGGCGAGAAACGGCCCCGAAUUUGAGGCCCGAAUCCGACAGAACGAAUUGGGGAAUCCCAAAUUCAAUUUCCUGAAUCCCGGUGAUCCCUAUCAUGCGUAUUACCAGCACAAAGUCAACGAUUUUCGAGAGGGAAAAGGGCAAGAACCGACCCAAACCCUUCCUGCUGCCAUAUCGAAACUCUCAGUCACCGCAGCUGCGCAACAAAAACAACAGGAGAUUUUAAAACAAGUGGAACAACCUUUUGUUCCUAAAGAUCCUCCACCAGAAUUUGAAUUUAUCGCUGAUCCUCCAUCAAUUUCGGCGUUAGAUUUGGACAUUGUGAAGCUCACUGCACAAUUCGUGGCCCGUAAUGGGCGCCAAUUCUUAACUCAAUUAAUGAAUCGCGAACAGCGCAAUUUCCAAUUUGAUUUUCUUCGUCCUCAACACUCUUUAUUUCAAUAUUUUACCAAAUUAUUAGAACAGUAUACAAAAGUUUUGAUUCCGCCGAAAAGCAUGCAACAGAGACUUCGAGAUGAGGCUCGAAGUGCGAAAGCUGUCUUAGAACAGGUAAAAUACCGAGCGGAAUGGUUGCGCUACCAGGAGCAACAAAAAGCCAAACAGGAGGAGAUUUUGGAGAGGGAGAGAGUGGCUUAUGCCCAAAUUGAUUGGCAUGAUUUCGUCGUUGUCGAAACUGUUGAUUACCAACCCUUCGAAAUUGGUAAUUUUCCACCACCUACCACCCCCGAAGAAGUCGGUGCACGUUUACUCAUCCAGGAGCGCUUCGAAGAAGGUGAAGACAUCGAAAUGCAACUAGAAAGUGAUGAAGAGGAAGCACAAUCAGUCGAUGAAGGUUUAAGUACCAUGCAGGAUCGUACCGGUCAACGCAAAGAUGACAAUCGAGUCCAAGACAUGGAAGAAGAAAGUUCCGAUGAAGAAGGCGAUGAAAAACAAACAAAUCAACCCAGUAUCCAACCACCACUACCCCCAGUUCCUGAUAAAGUCGUCGUUAAGAAAUACGAUCCCAAGCAAGCUGUGAAAGUAACACGGCCUACUGUUGGUGAUGAUUAUCUCAUUUCGCCAAUCACCGGUGAGAAAAUUCCAGCGAGUAAAGUACAAGAACAUAUGAGGAUUGGCCUUCUUGAUCCUCGUUGGGUCGAACAAAGGGAUAAACAUGUGUCGGAAAAGUUGAAUCAAGAGACGGUUUAUGCUGGUGGUACCGCCAUUGAUGCCAGUUUGAAACUUUUAGCCGAACGUCGAACUGAUAUUUUCGGUGUUGGGGAUGAGGAAACAGCGAUUGGUAAAAAAAUCGGCGAGGAGGAUGUAAGAAAAGAUGAGAAAGUCACCUGGGAUGGGCAUACGUCAAGUGUUGAAGCGGCAACAAGGGCCGCAAGGGCUAACAUCACACUAGAGGAACAGAUUCAUCAAAUACAUAAAGUGAAAGGGCUACUACCUGAUGAAGAAAAAGAGAAAAUUGGACCGAAAAACGUACAAAGUAAAGCACAAGCUAAGGUUAGUGCUGCAGCUGCAGCUGCUGCUAUUAUCUCAGCGAAACCUCUCGCAAAUCCGAAUCCGCCGGUUAAAACCACACCGGUAUCAGCAGUUAUGCAAACACAAACUCAAACCAUCGUACAGGUUCCACAGCAAGCUACGAUGCUGCCACAGACGUCCAUUAUGAUGAUGCCAGCGCCACCUAUGGCACCCAUGCGCCCUCCACCACUCAUGAUGGCAGCGCCGCCUCCCAUGGCCGGGUUUGUGACCCCCAUGCCCCAGAUGCCCCCCAUGGGCGGGAUGCCGGUCAAGCAUCCGAGUGAGAGCCAACCGGAAGAGGAACCGACCAAUAAGAAAAUGCGAAAUGAAGAUUCCCUCAUCCCUGAAGAAGUUUUCUUAUCGCGCAAUCCGAAUCCUGUAUCUAUUAAAAUUGCAAUUCCGGUGGUUCCCGAAAAAGCCGAAUGGAAGUUAACCGGACAAAUGAUUUCAUUAAAUGUCCCACUUUCCGAAAGUGUUUCUUCAAUCAAAUCCAAGAUACAAGAAGAAACUAAUAUGCCACCAGCGAAACAAAAAUUAUUUUAUGAUGGCAUGUUUUUCAAGGAUUCAAACACUCUUGCUUACUAUAAUAUAAUCACGGGGGCUGUUAUACAAUUGCAAGUGAAGGAAAGAGGUGGUCGCAAAAAAUAAAAUGUAUUGAGUCAAUAAAACAAUUACGUAUUAUUAGCCAAUA